AUGGAAAAAGCCAAAGCUUUUGGGGCACCUAUGAGUCCCUCAACGUGCCUCGAGACAGAUGCUCCAGGAAAGGAUGUCGAUGAGAAAACAUAUCGUGUGAUGAUAGGAUCACUACUUUACCUCACUGCAAGUGGACCGGAUAUCAUGUUCAGUGUAUGUAGAUGCACUAGACUCUUGUCAGCUCCUAAGGAGUCACACCUUACUACAGUAAAACGGAUCAUUCGAUAUCUUAUUGGCACUCAAGAUUUUGGUCUGUGGUAUCCUCACUCUAAUAAUUUUGACUUAUUUGGAUAUCCAGAUGCUGAUUUUGCAGGAGAUAAAAUAGACAGAAAAAGCACCAAUGGUACUUUUCAAAUAUUGGGAGAAUCUCUCAUCCCUUGGCAUAGCAAGGAGCAAACGUCUAUUGCUUUAUCAACCACUGAGGCUGAAUACUUGGAUUUAGGAAGUUUUGGAACACAACUACUAUGGAUGAUGCAUCAAUUGAUUGAUUGUGAACUAUCUUAUGAUUCAGUGCCUAUUUUCUAUGAGAACACUAAAUUCGUGGAUUCCCGUAAAUCAACUAACCGAUAUUUUUACAAAACCCUUGCUUGA